AUGAAAACUUUAUCCGUUUUUCAAAAUGAAUAUAUUAAUGAAUUGAUGGUCAAAUUUCCUAUUGGCAUUAAAGUUUUGUUUACCCAUGAGUUGCGAGAGUGGCAAAAAACAACCGCUGUAACAAACCAAAAGACUGUAAGCUCAAAUGUGAACUCUGAAGUAAAGAAUACCAUACAGGAUCAUACAUCAAAAACAAUUGACAUAGAUGAAGUUUUGAAGUCAUCCAGUACAGGGAAAAUGAUCACUGAUUAUUACAAAAUACAUAAUAAAUUUAACAAUAACAUCAGGACUUUACUUGUGGAUUUGAUAGUUAGCCAUAUAAUUACAAAAAAAAUUCUUAUGUCUGUUCAACUUGCUUCUAAUAUUGCAAAUUAUAUUGUUGCAAUAUUUCCAUCAGAAGUUAAGGAUAUCUACUUUAUGAAGGAUACAGGGGUAAACAAAAAUCCAAAAGGUAAAAUUUACGCAAAAUACUACAACUCAAUGAGAACAUUAAGGACAUGUGGCCUCGUACCGGCAGUUAAAAAAUCGUCAGUGAAAACUAUAUCACAUAAUAGAUAUGAUCAACAAGAAUUUGAACCUGAAAAUGAUAUUAAUUAUAUACUAGAACAAAUAAUGCAUGAUUCAAGUAUUUCAUUUCCAAUACUUGAAAAAUUGUGGAAGCAAACUACAAAGUAUAGAUUAAAUGAAAUAGCCAAUUCCACUGGUACCUCAGAAAUUCUCAAAAAAUGGAACCAUUAUACACAGCCUCUUGGAUAUAGACUUAUCGAUGUUGACUUCAAGACUCUCUACUCUAAUUGUUCUGAUAUCAAGUAUGCAAUAGAAGAAAAGUUUGAUGUUUUAUUUAAAUUAUUGAAGGAACAAAUAAAAGAUACCGAAAGUAAAAAAAUGUUGGAAUAUUAUGAAGAAAAUAUAUCAAAUAUUAGUGAAAAUGGAAAACAUUCAGUAUUAUUUUAUUUAUUACAUGGAUUGUUGGUUCCUACUGCAAAAAAAAUGACUAAGGAUCAUACUGGGAAAAAAAGUAUAAUUAAGUACUCCAUCAAAGAUAGCCAAAAUAGUUUCAUGGUUUUCAAAAACUCAGUUCUUGAAAUGGAAGAUUACAUUAUAUGUCGCCGGAGUGAAAAUGUCCCCAUUCAACCAUUCAUAAUUAUUUGCGGAACAACUUUUAAGCCCAAAGAAAUUAUUAUAUUUUUUGAUUGCAUCAAGUACAAAAUGUUUUCAUUCAUUUCUGCAAUAGACAUAUGUUUUAAGAUAUUUCAUAUUUUUAACUUAGAAUAUCCUGUUGAGUCAUAUACUGUAUGGCUGUUUAUACAAAAAUAUUUUUAUGAUAUCAACACAAAAUAUGAUAAGGCUUGUCACACAUUGGGGCAAAUUCUUUCAGACUUAAAAAAUUAA